AUUUUUAAAUUCUUCCCGGUUUUGUCAAUUAAACAUUGUUAAUUAAAAAUUGCUAUAAUAUUUUCAUAAUUUACAUAAUUAUUAUUAUUUAUAGUUAAUAAAAAAAUUUUUCUAACAAAAAUAUUUUUUUUAUACUUUGCAUUUAAUUUUGUCUAGUAAUAAAUCAAUGGUACAACUUAUCAAGUGACGACAAAUGGUACAAUGACAAAGAAAUUGGAAUGUUUAAUGAAAAAUUGUUGCACGAAAUAAGAAAAAAUUGGAUACUUGACACCACAAGGAACAGUAAUAAUUAUUCCGGGCUGGAGGAUCCUGAAACCGAAGAUCCUUCAAUGGGACAAAGCCAGAUCAUCAAACAGUAUUUUGACCACAAAAAAGGUGGCUUUUUCAUAGAGUGUGGAGCUUAUGAUGGAGAAACGCGUAGCAACACACUGAACCUGGAACGGUUCCUAGGCUGGACCGGGUUGUUGAUUGAAGCUGAUCCGAUGAACUUCAAGAAAAUUAUUGAGAAGAAAAGAAGAGCUUUUUUAUCACCGACCUGCCUGAGUAUAGAGCCCUACCCAAUGAUUGCAAGUGUUUUUAUUAUUAUUGCACGCCUCAUAACGCGAAGCGGUUGA